GGGGAUUAUAAUUGAAAUUUAAAAUGAGUGUAGGGUUGAUGGAUGAGAGGUUGAAGGGGUUGAAGAUGAGUGUUUUGAAAGGUAGGGGUGGUGUGGAUUGUUUAGAGCAUAGUUUGGAGAGUAGGAGGUCUGAGUCGGAAGAGGAGAAGGAGGCGUCUUUGGUGAGAAAUAGUAAAGAGAUGAGUAAAGUGAUUUCUAGCAAACAUACUAAAGAGAUAAUGAGUCUAAUUAAUGAGGCGACAAAUUAUUUUCAAAAAGGAAGUGAUUUCCAUCACAUUAAUAACCAAAAUCAUCAAAGCUUGAAUACAUAUACAAUCCCUGAAUCAAAUAAAUACUCAGGAAAUGAAUCAAAAUAUAACUGAAGAGCUAGACUUUACACACCUCUCAACCGUGUCGACUUAAUCAAGCCUGCUUCUAUUAAAAAUAAGAGAAAAUUCAAAUAAGAGAUCAAGCAAGUGCCGUAAAAGACCAACUACCAGUUCUAUUUAUCAAAUAUUCAAGAAGGAUUCGGCUUUUAAAAAUUAUAAACGCUUCUCCAAGCUAUCUCAACAAAGACAGUUGAAGAGCCACUCUUAUGUCAAGGAUAACUUGACGUACUCCAGUUCUGAUUUCAAAACCGAGAAUAAAAGUCUACUCGGCAACUAUAAAUUUACUUCUUUUAAUGAAAAUUUCAAGAGCCUUAAUCGCUCGAAGGUAAGGAACAAAGCUCGUGACCAGACCAAGAGUGUCGAGAAGGGAAAUAUUCAGGAACUUCAUACUGAUUCCAAGCAGAAGUUUGAUAAAGAUAUUGACCAUUUCCAAGAAUAUCUCAAACAAAACGAAGAUGACUUUGAUAUCAACCAAGAUGAAGUCAAGACACAAGGGAAGAAUGAAGAGUUAGAAACUGAUCCUUCUCAGCUAAUACCAGCCAGAAGCCGCCUUUUAGUCCAGUCUACUAAAAGAUUAAGACCCAAAACUGCUAUGAGAAGUGUCAAGAGAGAGCCGAUGCAUGGGAACAAAAUGUUAAUAAAAUCUAAGAGGAAAAAUACCAAAAGACUUCGCAAGGCUUACCUUGGAAGUAGUAGAAAAGUAACUCUCAAGCAGAUCUGCCACAGGGAUAAGGAGCUUGUUAAGAUGAUCAAGAAUAUGAAGCUGGAUAGAGUUCGAAGAAUGAAAAAGAAGCUAAUUCGUCUAUAA